AGGCUUAACGGCACGCUUGAUAUUUUCCAAGUCCUCUUGACUCUUGAGUAUUUUAUUCAACUCUAUCUCCGAGUCUCCGGACAAUCCACCUCUUGCCUUCGAACUCGUCGCAUUCUCGCCGUGUACCCAUUAGUAGCUCUGCCUACAAUGUCGAGCAACCAGGCGCGGAUUAAUGCUCUACUGAGGAAGUCGCUUGUUGGGGAACUUCUCGACACCCAAUUUUACCUGUUCUCGGCUCGAUCGAAGUGUGAGGCUCAGGCCAACGUCACCAACCUUCAAGCAUUGUUUGCUAAUGACGAAGCACUCACCGCGGGUUCAGAAUACUUCAGUACCUUACUUUCCGAAAAAACGCCCAACGAUCCUGCUGUGGUCGAAUUUCAAGACUACCACGAUUGUGAGGGAGGGAUCUCUCUUGAUGAAUAUGGCUAUGCGUCCGAUAGUGACCUCGAUGAAGAAGAGGAGGAGACCAGCGAAACUGUACAAGACAAUAUGGAACAAAUGUCUCGAACGACACCGGUCAAGAACUUUGCUACCAAAGGGACGCAACGUAUUAUUCCAAGCCGCAGAUUAUUGGUAACAGAUACUGCAUUUAAUACAUGGCGGGCUUUAUUGGACUAUCUGUACACUGACGAGAUCGCUUUCGCACCUUUGCGAUCACAAGCAAGUAAGACAGUUGGACGUCGCAGCCUUCAUGAGCCCACACCAUGCUCUCCGAAGUCUAUGUAUCGUCUGGCAUGCAAGAUAAAACAUGAUAAAUUGCAGGCUAAAACGCUUGCUGCGAUAAAGUCUAGUUUGACUGAGCACAAUAUUCUACAGGAACUCUCUUCGUCUCUAACAUCCAAGUUUCCUGCCAUUCUUGAGAUGGAAGUUGAGAUUUUGUUCCAGAAAAUUGUCACUCCCACUGUCAUGAAAGAUUUUCCGGCACUUAUUCAAAAGAUUGCUGGCGCUAACCUCCCCCAUGGGGCUGACAUCCUGACCAAGCUCCACGAAAGGAUGCUAAGGCAGCACUACCCUAUGAGUCUCUCUCCUGCGCCUGCGCCUCCGCCUGUGAAAGGGUAUGUCGAUACACGAAUUGCUACUAAAUCUAAUUUCCUUCCGUUGAAGCUUUGCAAGUGAACGUGAAGGUUCGCCGGCGCCAAGUGGUCCAUUCAAAUUCAACUGGGCAGAGCCACCGAUGCCGGUAUCGGUGUCGUUCUAAAGAAACUUGUAGCCGCAUUAAUUAUGUGGGCUCCCGUAGCACCACAAUUUGCUCUCAACUAAUGGGCCGGAGGUGUCUUGGCA